AAAAAAUAGAGUUUCAUCGUUCGCUGUAAAAUAAUAAUUUUUUGAAAAAUGUUCGGAAAGAAGAAAGCACAGAGAGAUCCAACAAGUUAUGGCGAUCAUGAUAAUGAAAAUCAAGAUGCUGCUUUAAAUAAUUCAAAUGAUUCUUUCAGAGGAUCAUCAUCAGAUGGUAAUAAUAAUGGAUCAUCAUCCGAUAGUAGAAUUCCAAAGAAGACUAUUACUACAGUCUUGUUAGGAGCUGCUGCUUUGGCAUUGGCUGUUUCUAGAUAUAAGAUUUGUCAGCCUAAUCAAUAUUUAGUUAGAACAGGUAUUGGUAUUACAAAUAUGAGUGUUUCAAAGAAGGCUGUUGUUUGGCCAUUGCAAAAGCAUGUAUAUGUUAAUAUGAAUCCAAAGACUUAUACUUUCAAUUUGCACAAUAUGAGUAAGGAAAAGGUUGAAUUCAACUUGCCAGUUACUUUCACAAUUGGUCCUAUCGAUCCAAAUACUGAUAAGGGAAUGGAAGGAUUUAUCAAAUAUUGUCAAAAGAUUACUGAAGCAACUCCAAAGGAAAUUGAAACAUUGAUUGCUGGUAUUAUUGAAGGUGAAACCAGAGGAUUGACUGCUAAAUUAACUGUGGAAGAAAUGUUCAAUUCAAAGGAAAGAUUUAAGGAAGAAGUUGUUGCUUCUAUUGAAAAGGAUUUGAACUUGUUGGGUUUGACAAUUUUCAAUGCCAACAUUAAGGAAAUGUCUGACUAUGACGAAAGAAACAAGUACUUUGAAUAUAGAAAGCAAAUUGCCAUUGAAAAGGCCAACUAUCAAUCACAAGCCGAUGUCAGUGAAGCCAAGAAGGAAGGUGAUGUUACAAUGGAAUUGAAUCGUAGAGAUACCAGAAUUAGAAUGGCUCAAUUGGAACAAGAGGCUAGAUUGUCAGAAAACGAAAAUGCCAAAUCAGUCUCCAUUUCUAAUGCUGAACUUGAAAUUAUUAAAGCUGAAAAUCUUAGAAAGUCAGAAAUUGCCAAGAUUGAAUCUCACAUGGCUGCCAAGGAACGUCAAGCUGAAUUGCAAAGAUCUGUCAAUACUAAAUUGAAGGAACAACAACUUGAAUUUAUGAGAAGUGAAAGUUUAUCAAAGGCAAUUGUUGAUGCUGAAGCUCAAGAAAGAAUGGCCGAUGCUCAUUUCUAUUCCGAAAGAAAGAAGGCCGAAGCUAUUGAACUCACUUUGCAAGCUCAAGCCAACGGUCUCAAGAUGAUUUACGAAUCAUGUGGCAGAAACCCAGUUCUCACUCAAUUCUACCUCGGUUUGAAUAGUGGAUUGUAUCCUGAAUUGGCCAAGCAAAGUGCUGAAGCUGUUAAGGGACUUAAUCCAAAAAUCAACAUUUGGAAUACUGGAAGUGAUGCUGAUAAGAAUUCUGACUCAAUGCAAUCAAUUAUCAAGAUGGUUCAAUCCUUUGCUCCAAUGCUUGAAGGAAUCCAAUUACAAGGUGGUGUUAAAAUUCCAGAUUGGCUUCCACACUCAACUGUAAAUCCAUCAAGUGAAAUUACUGAAAUUUCUGAUAAGAAGGAAGAAUAAUUCCUCUAAUAACUCAAAUACUGCAAACCAUCCAUUCUCUACUAAUCCAUCAUAUCAAUAAAUAAGGGAAUAUUGAUU